AUGGGAAACAAAACCACCGACCAAUCUUUCAAGAAGACUCACCAAGUCGUUGGAGCCAAUGGCAACGAUCUCGUCGACAACCUCAACGAGAAGAUUAUGAAGGAAGCUCCUGGUCACGAAGGCAACGUUGCGGCAGAACAAGCAGGCACCCAGCGCACACACAACGAACAGAUUGAGCGCGAUCUCGAAACCAAAGGCUACACUACACGUCAGACUGACUCGCAGGCUGUAGCUGAUGCUGAGCUGAAGAAGAAGCUUGACAAACGCGGAAACGAGGCUCAGUAA